AUGCCAGGAACGCAGGCCGAGCUUGCCGAGGUGAAGCUCAACGCCGGCGCCGCGGCCCAGCGCCGGCCCAGCGCCGGGCGCGCCGCCGCCUCCGCGGCGCUCAGCGGCCUCUGCGACCGCGUGCUGUCUUCGCUGGGGGGCCCGGGCGCCGCGGCGGGCAGGGCGCGGCAGCGGCUGGUGCUCAAGGCCACGGGGGGCGAGCUCCAGGACGUCGGCCCCGAGGACUGCCGGCGCAUCGUCGCGGAGGUGUGGGAGGCCCGGGACAGCCGCUGGGUGCUGCAGCGGCUGCGGGAGCGGCCCCUGCACGGAGACCAUGCGGUGGCUUUCCGCGGACUGGUGGUCAUGCACCGCGUGCUCCAGCAAGGCCCGCGCGAGGUGGUUUCGGAGUGGCCGCUACCGAAUCCGGUGCUCGACGGCCUCGCCGAGCACUGGGGCCAGGUGGCCCGGGUGGCCCAGGCCGGCUCGCAGGCUCAUCAUUGCGCGCAGGUCGUGGAGGAGUACUCGAUGGUCUUGUCGGCCAAGCAGCGGCUCAUGUGCGAGCGUGACGCGGGGCUCGGGUGCUUCGAUGGCGGCCUCCUGUACGACCGGCCAGCGCCAGAGCCGAGCGAGUCGCUGCAGGCGCUCGCCCUGCUGCUGGGCUACGGCGAGCGGCUCACGCCGCUGAGGCGCGGCCGGCUGCCCCACGGGAGUGCUCGCAGCCCGCGGCGCUCUGCGUCGGGGGCGUUGCCGCGCUGCUCGACGAGGCCUGGCUGCUCCUCUGCGCGUCGUCCCUGCUGGUGA